AUGGCUCAUGCCUCUUCGGAUGAAUCGGCCGAGGAAGUCAAGUCUCGGGAAAAACCAAAUCAGAGAAAGAACUUGUGUAAUGGAAACAAUAUUGACUCGCCUGACAAGUCUCUGGACAAACCCGAAGAAGGUGCAAUAUCAUCAGAGAAUGGCUUGAAGCCAUCACAGAAUUGGCUCAAGAAUCACCAAUGUGAGGGAAGUGGAAAGGCCUUGACCCUGUUGUUUUCUUGA